UGCGUUUUAUGGGGAGACCGAGUCGUCAUACCAACUAAACUACAAAAAAAAGUCCUUCAAAUGUUACACGAUGGACACCCGGGCAUCAUGCGUAUGAAAGCACUGGCAAGAAGCUACGCCUGGUGGCCAGAUAUGGACAAACAAAUUGAAUCCUGGGUUGCCUCCUGUAACAGAUGCCAGGAAAACCACUCAGCCCCACCAAAAGCUCCACCAGCAGAAUGGGAAACACCCAGAGGUCCCUGGUCGCGCAUUCAUAUUGACUUUGUGGGACCUACUAAAGGACACACUUUCCUAAUAACUGUAGAUGCGUAUUCUAACUGGCUCAAGGUCAAUAAAAUGAAAACAACCACUACAGAGGCAGUCAUCAAGAAAUUAAACAGACUCUUUGCCACACACGGCCUACCCGAUGUCCUGGUUUCUGAUAAUUGGCCCCAAUUUACUGCUUUAGCCUUCGAACAAUACCUAGCUGAACAGGGCAUCCGACAUGCACUCACAUCGCCGGCUCAUCCAGCGGUGAAUGGUAGGGCUGAACGAAUAGUUCAGUUCACAAAGAAAACCCUACAG